UUCCUCUCCGUGCCGCCUCCCCUCCCCUCCCGCCACGUCACGUCACAACAUGGCAGCCCCCGCGAUGCUCCUACCGCUGGUGGCGGCGGGACUGGCGCUGUGCGCGGCGCUGCUGUGGUUGUGGGGGCGGCCGGCCGGGCCGGAGGGGGCCCGAGGGCGGGUGUGCGUGGCGGUGCUGGGCGACCUGGGCCGCAGCCCCCGCAUGCAGUACCACGCGCUCGCCCUGGCCCGGCAUGGACACGGCGUCACCCUGCUGGGCUUCCUCAGCACAAAGCCACAUAGUGACAUUUUGUGCAAUGAAAAGAUACACAUUGUAUCUAUUUCAGAACUUAAAGCAUUGCAAGUUGGUCCUAAGAUUUUCCAGUAUAUUACAAAAGUUAUUGCACAGGCAAUACAACUGUUCUAUACAAUGCUGAAGAUCGAGCGGCCAUCUUAUAUUCUUCUUCAGAAUCCUCCAGGCCUGCCUAGUAUAGCUGUUACCUGGAUGAUUUGCCUUGUACGAAGAAGCAAACUGAUCAUUGAUUGGCACAACUAUGGUUAUACUAUAAUGAGUCUGAUCCAUGGAAAAAAUCACCCUAUAGUACAAAUUGCAAAGUGGUAUGAAAAGCUUUUUGGACGUCUAUCUGACUACAACUUUUGUGUGACUAAUGCAAUGAAAGAAGAUCUGCAAAUGAAUUGUAAUAUCAAAGCAAUAACCCUCUAUGACAAGCCAGCUUCUUUUUUUAAGGAAACACCAUUAGAACUCCAGCAUAAAUUGUACAUGAAACUUGCCAAAGACUAUGCUCCAUUUAAAAGAGGAACAGACUCCAUAUAUCCAGAAGUUGAGAAAUCUGCAUUUACAGAACUAGACAUCAGAAAUGGAAAAGUGACACAAGUCAAAGAAAGACCAGCUCUUCUAAUUAGCAGCACCAGCUGGACAGAGGAUGAAGAUUUUUCUAUUCUUUUAAAAGCUUUAGAAGAUUAUGAAGAGUAUGUCAAUGAUGGAAUCAAGCUUCCUUCUUUAGUAUGUGUGAUAACAGGUAAAGGGCCUCUAAAAAAGCACUACAACAGACUGGUAGACAAAAUGCACUUUAAACACAUCCAGAUCUGUACACCGUGGCUAGAAGCUGAGGAUUACCCUGUUCUACUUGGCUCAGCAGAUCUGGGUGUCUGUCUCCACAAAUCAUCUAGUGGUUUGGAUCUGCCUAUGAAGGUGGUGGAUAUGUUUGGCUGUUGUUUACCUGUAUGUGCAGUACAUUUCCAGUGUUUACAUGAACUUGUGAAACAUGAUGAAAACGGCUUGAUAUUUAGGGACUCGAAUGAACUUGCAGAACAGCUGAAGAUGCUCUUAUUGGAAUUUCCUACAGGUGAAAAUAAACUUUAUAUGUUCAGAAGAAAUCUUCGGGCAUCCAAACAGCUGCGGUGGGAUGAGAGCUGGGAACAAACUGUGCUUCCUGUGUUUAGGAACAAUUAAUAAUUUCCAAAAAAUGGACAAAAGAAUUUGCACAUAUGAUUUUCACAUUCCCAAGUUUGGUUAUACAUGAUGGAAAUGGUGAAUAAAACCUUUAUAUUUGGU